CGGAACUAGAUCCGGGGGAAAGUCGUAAACCUCCCCGAGACUCGUGUUUUUAUCAAACGUGCUGAAGUCCACGAACAUCUAUUUGAGUCAAACUGCGUUAUUACCAAUCUUGCGUCAGUCUAGAGCUUGCAAAACUGGGGCUUUGAGCAAAAUCUUGUUUUUCCGGUCGCAGAGCCAAAUGAAACUCCAGCGUGAACUCGGCUUACUUCAUUUGUUUGCUAAAGGCUUGCUGUAAAUUUGCUGGAAUCAUGACUGACAAUGGUGAUUUUGGGCCCAUCACACGGAACCGUAGACGCGCGACCAUCACGAGCGCAAAGAGCGAGACUGUGAAACACCGAAACGGCGCGACCGCAUCAGCCAGUGAUCUCACAAGCGGAGCCAAGGCGCGGGAAUCUUUCACCAAAACCUUAAAACUAAACGAAGACAGCAAACAGAAAUGCGAUCGCUACGACAGAAUGAGUUGCCACAAGUUGCAGGAAUCAAUGCUGAGUUCUGCAAGCGGCUUCAAAAAUUACAGAGGCAUCCUGAACUGGUGUGUGGUAAUGCUGGUUUUGAGCAAUGCACGCCUCUUCUUGGAAAACCUUCUCAGGUAUGGCAUUUUGGUGGACCCCAUUCAAGUGGUGUCAUUGUUCCUCAAGGACCCUUAUAGCUGGCCUGCUGCGUGCCUUGUCCUUGUUUCUAAUGUUUUUAUAUUUGUGGCGUUGUACACCGAGAGAAAACUAGCCAUGGGGUCAAUCAGUGAGAAGGCCGGCCUGCUGAUCUAUAUUUUUAAUUUAACAGUCAUCUUGUGUUUUCCGGUGGUUGUUGUGUUGAAGCUGCCAUCUAUUACACCAGUUGGAGGGGCAUUUGCUUUGGGAGUCUACACCAUCCUGUUUUUGAAAAUGUACUCCUAUAAGGAUGUUAAUAGGUGGUGCAGAGAGAGAACACAAGUGAAGGCCCGCAGCCUCUCCAGAUCUCUUUCAUGUCCAUCAUCUCCAUCUGCGUCCAGCCGUAUGCAGUCACAUGUGUCUUACCCAGGAAAUCUCUCUCUCAGGGAUAUGUAUUAUUUUGUUUUUGCUCCAACCCUGUGCUAUGAGCUCAAUUUUCCCCGCUCUGAAUCCAUCCGAAUGGGAUUUCUGCUCAGGAGGCUCUUUGAGAUGUUGCUCCUCACUCAGUUAUUAGUUGGUUUAACGCAGCAGUGGAUGGUGCCAAUCAUUCGGAGUUCAAUGAAGCCAUUGCAGGAAAUGGACUACAGUAGAAUGACAGAGCGUCUGCUUAGACUAGCAGUGCCCAACCAUCUCAUCUGGUUGAUUUUCUUCUACUGUUUUUUCCAUUCCUCAAUGAACUUUGUGGCUGAGAUAUUGAGGUUUGGAGAUCGGGAAUUCUACCGUGACUGGUGGAACUCCGAGACAAUAACGUACUUCUGGCAAAACUGGAAUAUUCCCGUGCACAAGUGGUGUCUCCGGCACUUUUACAAGCCGUUGCUGAGAAGAGGUGCUGGCAAGUUACUGAGCCAAUCAGCUGUAUUUUUCGCCUCUGCUUUUUUUCACGAGUACCUGGUCAGUGUCCCUCUAAGGAUGUUCAGACUGUGGGCGUUUAUGGGCAUGAUGGCACAGCUCCCACUGGCAUGGUUUGUGGCCAGGUUUCUUCGUGGAAAUUAUGGAAACGCUGCUGUGUGGCUAUCACUCAUUAUUGGUCAACCUAUUGCAGUUCUGAUGUAUGUUCAUGACUACUAUGUUACCCACUGCCAGGACGACCCCACAAUCACUGAAGCUCUGUAAUCACACAAAGUUGUGGACUCGGCUAAGCAGCUAGACUUCUGCAUAUUCCAAAGGUACUAAUGGGAGUGAUACAAUUGAAGAGUCCUGACUCCCGGCAGUCAGAUUUCCAUGAAGUCUUCAAAUAAACUCCUAGCUCUAGGCUAUGUUUAAACCUUUAUGAAAAAUGACAACAGCCAGUCUAUGGAAAUCUUUUCUAGAAAUGCAAGAAGAAAGCACAAGGGUCUAUAAGCUUCUGAAUGUGACUUCACAGGUGUUGAUUGUUCAUUUUUUUACUUGCUCAUUACUAAAUGAAACUGUCCUGAUUUUUUUGAGAGUGUGUUUUAUGCAUUACUAGCAGGACCUCCUGUUCAGGAGACUUUCUAACACUCAGGUCCAUAUUCUGGUCAUUCUUUUUUCUUCUCUUUUUUAGCAUUUUAACACAUGCCUUUAGUUCAAAUAUUGUGAAAACUCCUUAAACUGGACAUUAAUCCUGUAUAAAUAUAUGUUGUUGUUUUUUUUUUUUUUGUUUUUUUUACUAAAUGCCACUACAUAUAUCGAUAGAAUAUGCAAGGAGAGCAUGUACAGACAGAAAUAUGCAUUUUUAUUUUAUUUUAUGAAUACAUUUUUAAACCCAUAUGUGAGCAAACACUUUGUUUAUGUAUGUUUUUUUGCAAAGGGAAACGAGAGAAAAUGUUUGUAAAAUCCGUUCAUGUUACGUCCAUAUGUUUUAAUUGAUAUUUGUUGCAAUAAUUUUGAAUUGCAUUUUUAUGUCUCUAAACUGUUGUUCAAAAGUGCUGAGAUGCCAUCUGCGCUCAGUUAUGGGCAUUAUGGGACCUGUUCAUCAAAAGUGCGCCGCCCUGUGGCGAAUGUUGAGAAUAAACAACCCUGCAAACGA